CUCCCGUCGCACUCCAAUGGCUGCAGCGAUCGCCGGCGCCGGCGCCGCAUCCACCGCCGUGUCCAUCACCUGCUCCUCUUACGAAGACGACGGCGCUGGCUCAUGGUCGCUCUCAUCCGGCACGUCGUCGUCCCCGCGCCGGCGCCCGUACCGGCGGCUCCUCCACGACGAGGCGCAGCGCCUCCGCCGCGAGCGCCGGGGCCAGGGAAGCGGCGCGCAGACGCCACGGUGGGUCCGGCGCACCCCGGACCAGAUGGCGCGGUACGUCGAGGACGACCGCGCCGGCCACGUGCACGGCCUGCACGUGGUCGCCGCCGUCCGCGCGGCGCGCGCCACGGCGUCCCGUCCCUCCUCCUCCGCCGGCAUGCGCGAGGCCAUGGCAGCGUUCGUGGCGAAGCUCACCUUCCGCGAGAUGUGCUUCGUGCUCCACGAGCUCCGCGGCUGGCGCCAGGCCCGCGACUUCUUCGCCUGGAUGAAGCUUCAGCUGUGCUACGAACCGAGCGUCGUCGCCUACACAAUCCUUCUCCGAUUGUACGGUCAGGUAGGGAAGAUCAAGCUCGCCGAGGAGACAUUUCUUGAGAUGCUUCAGGCCGGAUGCGAGCCAGAUGCAGUGGCAUGUGGAACCCUCCUGUGUGCAUACGCCAGGUGGGGGAUGCACAAGGACAUGCUGAUGUUCUACGCCGCGGUGCGACGGCGCGACAUUGUGCCAUCCAUUUCAGUCUUCAACUUCAUGGUCUCAUCUCUGCAGAAGCAGAAGCUGCAUAGCAAAGUCAUGCACAUAUGGGAGCAGAUGCUGGAAGCAAAUGUAGCCCCAAAUCAGUUCACAUAUACCGUUGUGAUCGGCUCAUAUGCCAAGGAGGGUCAAUUGGAGGAAGCCAUGGAUGCAUUUGGUGAGAUGAAGCGACGCAAAUUUGUCCCGGAGGAGGCAACAUACAGCCUCCUGAUCAGCUUGAGUGUCAAGCAUGGCAAAGGGGAUCAAGCAUUGAGGAUUUAUGAUGAUAUGAGGGUUAAGGGUAUUGUACCAAGUAACUACACCUGUGCAUCUCUCUUGACACUCUAUUACAAGAAUGAGGACUACUCGAAAGCGCUUUUGCUGUUCUCUGAGAUGGAGCAGAAUAAGAUUGUUCCUGAUGAGGUUAUCUAUGGAAUUCUUGUUAGGAUAUACGGUAAGCUUGGGCUUUACGAGGAUGCCCAACGUAUGUUUGAGGAAAUCGACAAGGCGGGUCUUUUGAGUGAUGAGCAAAGUUAUGUGGCAAUGGCUCAAGUUCACAUGAAUGUUCGAAACUAUGAUAGAGCAUUGCAAGUUCUGGAUUCAAUGAGGUUGAGAAACGUAAAGCCAUCACAAUUCUCCUAUAGUGCUCUUCUUCGAUGUCAUGUUGCAAAGGAAGACGUAGAUGCUGCUGAAGAUACUUUCAGAGUGCUCUCCAACUAUGGUGUGCCUGAUGUGUUCUGCUGUAAUGAUCUUCUUAGGUUAUAUAUGAGGCUGGGCCAUCUAGACAAGGCUAGGGCACUCAUUCUGAAAAUGAGGAAGCAAGAUGUCCAGCUUGAUGAAGAUCUCUGUUUGACUGUAAUUGAAGUUUGUUGCAGAACCGGUAUGAAUGAGGAUUCGGAUAAGUUAACGGAAGAGAUGCAGGAGAAUGGAAUGACCAUGAAGAAUGCAGCAAUGGUGAUUCAGAAUGAAGGUGAUUCAUUGAAGGCUUCAACGGAUAGUUUGGCAUUUAGCACAACAUUGAAAUCCUUGUUGGACAAACCUGGGGGCUUGUCUAAUGCAUCCCAAUUAAUCACAAAAUUUGCUAGGGAAGGGAAUACAGAUGAGGCCAAAUUCCUUUAUGAACACCUUACUGAAUUGGGAGCCAAGCCUGAUGAUACUGCAGUAGCUACUUUGAUUGUCCAAUACGGCCAGGCUCAGCAGUUAGAACAAGCACAAAAACUGUUUGAGGUAUCAUCGGCAUCGUUUCCAGGAGAGGCUGUCUACAAUGCAAUGGUUGAUGCAUUAUGCAAAUGUGGCAAAACUGAGGAGGCGCAUCGUCUUUUUAUGGAGUUGAUUGAUCAAGGCCAUAAUGGAGAUGUUGUGACAAUUAGCAUACUUGUCACCCACCUGACUAAGCAUGGGAAAUUCCAGGAGGCAGAAAACGUCAUAUAUCGCUGUUUACAUGAUGAAGCUGAGCUCGACACUGUCGUGUACAAUACUUUUAUCAAGUCAAUGCUCGAGUCAGGCAAACUAUACUCCGCUGUGAGCAUAUAUGAUCGCAUGAUAUCUUCUGGCAUUCCAAAAUCAAUGCAGACAUUCAAUAUAAUGAUAAGUGUUUAUGGCCAUGGAGGAAAACUGGACAAGGCUGUUGAAAUGUUUACUGCUGCAGAGGAACUAGGCUCACCGAUUGAUGAGAAAACAUACACAAAUAUGCUCAGUUUCUACGGAAAAGCAGGGAAGCAUCAGGAGGCGUCUUUACUAUUCAGUAGAAUGAAGGAAGAUGGUAUCAGGCCUGGAAAGAUCAGUUUCAACACCAUGAUCAAUGCCUAUGCCACUUCAGGAUUGCACAAUGAGGCAGAGAUGAUGUUCCAAGAGAUGCAGGAAAACAAUCAUGUACCUGACUCGCACACAUAUCUAGCCCUGAUCAGAGCAUACGCAGAGAGUAAAUGCUACUCCAAAGCCGAGGAAGCCAUCCAGAUGAUGUUGAGCAGCAGCAUAACCCCUUCAUGCACUCAUUUCAACCAUCUCAUGUUUGCCUUUCUGAAGGAAGGUCAGAUCAAUGAAGCCCAGAGGAUCUACAACCAAAUGAAGGAGACAGGGAUAGCUGCUGAUGUGGUAUGCUGUCGGGCAAUGAUGAGGAUGUUCCUGGAGCAUGGUUACACCGACGAUGGCAUCCUGUUCUUCGAAACGGAAUGUCGAAUUCUGAAACCUGAUAGCUACAUCCUGAGUGCUGCAUUUCAUCUUUAUGAGCAUUCAAGCAGGGGGUCUGAAGCUGGGGAUGUCCUGGAUGCCAUCAAUAUGAAUGGUGCUUCUUUCUUGAGGAAUCUAAAGGUUGGAUCAAAGUUGGGAGCAAGAUAAAACAGAUAGGUGGGGUUCUACGAAUGCAUCUUGAACAAGUUGUGACAUAAUAGCUAGUUAGCUUUUCUUUUCAGAGUAAAACAAGCUAAUCUUGCUAGAAGCAACCAGCAAAGCUACUUCAGCCUGCUGGGAUGCAGUGAAAACUGAACCGAGCAAAUGACUAGUAGUUCAGUAGUUCUCCUUUUUCUCCCAGAAUGGUAGGAUGUAUGUAAAUAGCCCUAUUAAUUUGGCCCAACACAGCAAAUGAACAUGGAACAUUCUCCCAGAAUAGGAAACGAGUGAAUAAAAGCACAGUAGCAUGUGCACACAAGCAUGAAACAUUCUCUACCAUUAGUCCGUUAGCAGCAGGAAUA